AUAGUUGAAAGAGAGUACUUGGGGUUUCUUUCUGUUUUUGGUUUCAACUGCAAAACCUUGGGUUGGAAAGUGUCCCAAAAGAAAAACUAUGUUCUCUAAUAUAAUUCCACUUUUUUUACUCCAAUGCACACUUCCACUUUGCACAUCAACAAUAGCGCCACCAAAGACCGCACAUUACAAAAAUGUCACAAUGCAAGGACUUGUAAAAGUACUCCCGGUCAAGGACAACUAAAGCUCUUCGGAGUGCAACUAGAUGUUUCUUCUUCUUCAUCAUCCUCGAAUUCUUUUUCAUCAUCAUCACCUUCAUAUUCUGGCAUGAAAAGAAGUUUUAGCACGAAUUACUUGUUGUCUUCAUGGGCAUCUUCAUCUGUACCCUCCUCCUUUUCCUCGCCUUCCCUGCUUGGUGCAAAUGAAAAUUCAGAUAGUUACUUACUCAAUGCCAAUAGCCUCAUAUCAACAAUUCAAGACACAAAAAAAGGUGUCCCGUGGACAGAGGAGGAGCAUCGGAUAUUUCUUAUAGGGCUUGAGAAGCUGGGGAAGGGAAACUGGAGAGGCAUAUCUAAAAGUUUUGUGACAACAAGAACACCUACCCAAGUGGCUAGUCAUGCACAAAAAUAUUUUCUCCGUCAAUCUCAGAAUAGCUUCAAUAAAAGAAAACACCGCCCUAGUCCCAACCUGUUCGAUAAUUGGCUUUCGCAUCGUCCUCAUUCAUUGCUGAACUGGGUUACCACUUUAACUUCAACUAAUAAUUGCACUGUUCAGAGCGCGAGCCCAGAUUUAGAACUCAAACUUGCAACUCCCACGCCAUUGGAGCUAUCAGUAGCAGAUGCAUAGAAUGUGUGAUAUUUGACUUCUAGCCAGCAAUCAGCAUGUUUUACUUUUUGUUACUUCAAAAUUAUGUAUAUUUUCCUGGCACUGAAUGUAGUAUUAUAUAUAUUUAUCUUUAUUUUUCACUUAUACCUACUUAAAGAAGAAAUUUUUGUUUCCCCAA